AUAAGAGUUUGACAGCUUUGUGUUAUUAUUUGCUUGUUAUUGUUAGAAUUUAUGUUUUGUUAAGAAAAUUAUCUAAAUUCAAUAAAUUAAGUGUAAAAAACAUGUAAAAAUUGUGCUGUUUUAAUGCUGUACGUAAUACUAGUUCUGGUAGUUACUUUUAUUAAAAAGAAACAGUAAUAAUGUCCAAUAAAGAAGAUGAUAAUAUUUGCUGGUACCAUGGAAAAUUAACUCGUGAAGCUGCUGAGAGUGUUUUACUUGAAAGGAAAGAUUGUGAUGGAUAUUUUUUGGUUCGUGAUUGUAACACUUCUGAUGGAGAUUUUGUACUAUCUGUAGUACACAACAGUCAAGUAAAUCAUUACCAGAUCCGUAGACAUACAGACGAUAUAUUUUUUUCACUUCAAGAAAACACAAAGAUUCAUGGACUAGAAAGUUUGAUAGAGUAUUAUCAAGAAAAUUCUGAUGGAAUCAAUGCUGAUGGUUUAAAGUUGACUGUUCCAUGUAAAGGAGAGGCCCCUCCACAUAAUUGUAGAAGACAUGGGCGUACCAAUCUUUUACACAGAGCAACUAGUCAAGGAAAUUACAAAGUUGUUUCAGAAAUGCUCAAAACUGGUUAUAGACAUGAAGCAAAGAAUAAGGAUGGUCAAACAGCAGUUCAUAUAGCUAGUAUGAAAGGUCAAGAUGAUAUCCUUGCAAUAUUAAUAGAACAUGGUGCCAAUGUAAAUUGUAGGGACACUGCAGGCUUUACUCCAUUACAUUAUGCUUGCCAAAAUAAUUUUGCUAGUACUGUAAGGCUGUUAGUACAAUCUGGUAAAGCUAAUAUUCAAGCUAGAAAUACAGAAAAUGGUUGGGUUCCUCUUCAUGAAGCAGCUAGUCGUGGACACAAAGAUGUUGUUAAAGAAUUAUUAAGCCUUAAUGCACCAGUUUUGCCAAGGACCAACGAUGAACACUUGCCUUUUCAACUUGCAAGGGAAAAUGGACACACUCAAUGUGCAGAAAUUCUGGAAAACUAUAGAAGCCCUCCUGCUAAGUCUUCAAAGAAUCACUGGUAUCAUGGGACAUUAGAUAGACAAGAAGCAGAAGCUACAAUAAAAAAAUUCAGCAUGACUAAUGGGGCAUUUUUAAUUCGAUACAGUGAUAGAAACCAAGCUACAGUUUUAACCAUUGUGAAUGAGAACCAGUUUUAUCACUACAUUAUUAGAAAACAGGACAAGUAUUUAUAUAUCGACAGUGGUCCCUUUUUGGAUUCCCUUGAGCAUGUGGUAGAUUAUUAUAGUUUUACACCGGAUGGCUUGCCAACAACAUUACAAAUUCCUGUGCCUCCCAAACCUAAACCUCCUGUUCCAGAGUGUUCAACGAUGCCUCGCCCUAAGAAAACAUUACUAAGUACUUCACGUUCAGUGCAAGAAAUAUGCCAGGGUGAAGAAGCUCAGAUAAAUGAUUUCAAUACGUUGCCUAGCCAUUUAAGUACAUUGAAAUUUACUACUCAAAUCACUCCAAAAUCCCUAAAUAAUAAUAACAAUUAUGUUACUGAAAUUAAUGGAGACUUAUUACAAAAUAACAGUUACAUUCCUCCUGAAAACCUUACACUUGGCAAAAUAAUUGGAGAAGGAGAGUUUGGAUCUGUUCAUGAAGGAAUGUAUGUUAAAAAUAAUGGAGAGCAAGUAAAAGUAGCAAUUAAGACUUUAAGGAAUCAACAUAUUGAUACCAACAAAGGGGCUUUUUUGUCUGAAGCACAAGUUAUGAUGAAGCUCAACCACCAUUGUGUUGUUAAGUUAAUUGGUUUGUCUGUUGGAAAUUCCUUCUUUAUGGUACAAGAACUAGUUGCCCUGGGCUCAAUGUUGUCUUACAUCAUUUGCAACAAAAUUUCUAUCAAUCCAGACCAUGAAUUUAAAAUUUGGGCUGCUCAAAUUGCCUGUGGUAUGAAAUACCUCGAAGAACAACGCUUCGUUCAUCGAGAUUUAGCUGCCAGAAACAUUCUGUUAGCUUCAAAGUAUCAAGCGAAGAUAAGUGACUUUGGUUUAUCAAGAGCUGUGGGCGCCGAUCAUGAAUAUUACAGAGCAAUGCGUGGUGGGAAAUGGCCUUUAAAAUGGUAUGCCCCUGAAUCAUACAAUUUUGGGACAUUUUCUUUAGCAAGUGAUGUAUGGAGUUUUGGAGUUACUUUGUGGGAAAUGUACAGUUUUGGACAACAGCCCUAUGGAGAACGAAAAGGGGCCGAGGCAAUUGAAGCCAUAGAAAAUGGGGAGCGUCUUCCUCAGCCUGCUAAUUGCCCAUCGCGUAUUUACGAAGUAAUGUUAAGAUGUUGGUCAUAUAAUUCGGACAAAAGACCAACUUUUAGCGAAUUGUUUGACAUUUUUGCUAACGAUACUGAUUAUGCGAAUUUUUCAGAGAUACUUAGUAACGUAAAUUUAACACAAAUCGUUUAAAUUGUGAUUUUUUUUUUAAUUAUUAACUGUUGUUAAUAAUGUCAUUUUUAAUUUUUGUGAUUUUGCCUGUAUCUCAGUCUGUUGUAUGCAUUUAGUCUAUCGAAUCUAAGGUAUUAAGCAAUAUCGAAGUUUUUAAGCAAUAUGUUAGUAUUUUAUAUUUUAUUUAUUAACGAUUUUAUUGUAUAUUUUAUCUAGAUGAUUU